AUGAAAGCAGAAUCUUCAGGGAAACCUUCUAUCCAUCCUGCCUCCACCUCAGGAAAUCAACUUGAAACUCCACAACCACAGGGAAAAUCCGAUCUGAUUCUAGUAAAAGGACAAGAAGACUGGACUGAGGAAUAUGAAGAGGAGCAAUUAGAUUAUGAGCCAUCUGCAGAUGACCAGAAUGCACUCAUCGGACAGGAGCAUAGGGAGACUGGACAGAGGAAUACGGGGGGGAACAGAUGGAGUAUGACGGAGAAUUGGAUGCAGAAACUGAGGCUUUUGUUCAGGGCUGCAGAAAGACAAGAAAGCACUCUGGAAGGAGAUGUGCUCUCUCAGGAGAGUUUCGAAUGCAAAUUGGCAGAAGCAGAGGAGGCACCAAAACAGCAAAUAGGUAGUCACAGGACAAGAGGAACUACCAACAAACUGGCUGCAGAACAGCUUUGCUUCUCCAAACCAACCAAAGAGAUGGCCAAUCACCUCAGACCCUUGUUCAUAACAGCAAAUUUUGGGGGUGUCCCCAUUCCCAAGGUCAUGGUAGAUGGGGGAGCAGCCAUUAAUCUUCUGCCUCAUAGAAUGCUGAGCAAGAUUGGCAGAAUAGAGAGGGAUUUGAUUCCAACACGCUUGACUGUCACCAACUUCGCAGGGGGCAUCACCAAAACUCAUGGGAUCUUAGAUGUGGACGUCAUAGUUGGGAGCAAAAAGUUGAAGAUUGCAUUCUUUGUGAUAGACACCACUUCUACCACUUAUAAUGCACUGCUUGGCAGAGACUGGAUUCAUCAGAGUCUAUGUGUCCCUUCCACUCUUCAUCAGCAAUUAGCUCUGUGGAAUGAAGAAGGUUACAUGGAAAUAGUAGAGGCCGAUCCACGACCAUUUUUGCCUUCUGCCAUGCGUUUUGAGGCAAGGUACUAUCAUGAUGACCCUGGUCCUUUCACCUUCCUUGGAGUCAACCAGAAUGGCCGCCCCCAUGGUGUCACGGCCCAGAGGCUCAUUGAAGAUGGUCUAACCAGUUCCUUAGAGGACUGGAAUAGACCUUUUGUUCUAAACUUCCAGAACUCUGAUGUUUAG